AAGCCCAUCUCAUUGAGAUAGUAUCUCUAUACACUCUUUGAACUUUAUUCCUAUUCUCCAGUCUCUAGAUCUCUAGAGAAAAAAGAGCAGAGCUUUCUCUUCUCAUAAAAGAGGGAAAGCCCAUCUCCUUCACAUCCAUCCCUUCAGAACAGAGCUCCAAACCUGCAAGAAUGGGAAGAGCUACAGGUUUUUACAUUUGUCUUUUGAUUGCUAUCAUGGAUGUUGUGGCAGGAAUACUUGGUAUUGAAGCUGAAAUCGCACAAAGCAAGGCGAAGCAUAUAAGGGCACUGUUGAUUUUCGAGUGCAGAGAACCAAGCCAUGGUGCAUUCAAGUUAGCUUUGGCUGCAGCAUCAAUUCUGGGUCUGGCGCACGUAAUUGCAAACUUGCUGGGGGGUUGCAAUUGUAUUUGUUCCAAGGAUGAGUUUGAGAGAGCUUCGGCCAACAGACAAUUAGCAGUGAUUUGCCUCUUUGUCUCAUGGUAUGUCUCUGUUGUUCUCCCUGUCGAUCAUCACUCUCUCUCUCUCUCUCUCUCUCUCUCUCUCUCUCUCUCUCUCUCUCUCUCUCUCACUCUCUCUUUUUGUUUUGGCUAACGAUGGGUAUCCAGGCCUUCAGGCUGGUUAGUCCCGUGGACCCAUACUGACCCUACAAUCACAUGGACUGGAUCAUACCGGGCUUGAAUGAGAACCAUUCAACUUUCACUGAAAGCAGUGAAGAGCACUAUAUAAACACCCAGUGUGAGUGGCCCAAGGUGUGCCUAAUAGAAGUCGAACUUAAUCAUUUUCUGUCUCUCUCUCAUAAGGAAAACCCAUGAUUGGAUGGAAAAAAAAAUUCCUCCAAACCAGGCAUUCGGAAUUUUCCUACUGCUCGCAAUCGUAUGCACUGAAAUAGAAUAAUCCGCUUCUCUGGUGGGUUCGCAAAUACCCUUUUAGGUUUUAGUAUUUUUCGCAAGGGAGAGAAAUAGGUAUGCCGCCGAUAUCAAGUAUGCU